UGUGCUCCACGUUGCGUCCAGUAUUUCAAAACAAGAGGAUGUUAAUGCGUUUUUACUUCCCCAAAGCGGAACUAAAUACGAGACCAACUCACCAACUUCUAUCUUAAAUAAACAAACAGAUUUUACCAGUAAGUUAGUGAUUUAAGAACACCGUGAAACACCAUGAGUAAACAACCCCAGAGCGUAGAGCUUAAAGCCACAGGAGGGGCGGCAAACUUGGACACCAGCAAGAUGGCAGAUAUGACAGUGGAGGACAUCACACUGAGAGCCAACCAAGUUACAGAUGAGUCACUUGAAAGCACUAGGCGGAUGCUACAAAUGGCAGAGGAGAGCCGGGAGACAGGGGUCAAAACAAUGACCAUGCUGGAUGAACAGGGAGAGCAACUGAGGCGAGUCGAACAAGGAAUGGACCAGAUCAAUCAGGACAUGAGGCAGGCCGAGAAGAACUUGACUGAUCUGUCCAAAUGCUGUGGCCUGUGUGUGUGCCCAUGUGACAGAGUGACUUCUAUUGAGCAUGAUGGGAGAUAUAAGAAGACUUGGGGCACAGGUGGUGACAGCUCCAGUAUGGAGGGAAAAGAGGGUGGUGUUGUAUCCAGCCAACCCAGUGCUGUUCGUAACGGACAGGCUGUUUCGAGUGGGUCAGCAGGUGGAUCUGGACCCUACAUCAAGAGAGUAACGAAUGAUGCACGAGAAGAUGAGAUGGAGGAAAAUCUGGACCACGUGGGCAGCAUCAUUGGAAAUCUGAAGAAUUUGGCCUUGGAUAUGGGCAAUGAGAUUGACAAACAGAACAAGACCAUUGACCGCAUCACUGAUAAGGCUGAUAUGAAUAAAGCUCGCAUUGAUGAAGCCAACCAGCGAGCCAACAAACUUCUGUAGAGAAUGAACACUGCCAGCAUCACUCAGGAGCCUGAUUGUUUGAUCUCUCUCUCUCUCUCUCUCUCUCUCUCUCUCUCUCUCUCACACACACACACACACACACACACACACACACACAACAUACACACACUUCCCAGCAAUGAAUUGCAGCAAGUGAGUUAAGUUCUUUCAAUGCCAUCUGUGCCUUUUUGCCGUUCUAUUGUAAAUAGUUAACAUGUGCACACACAGAUCUAUUCCAGAGCCUCCUGUACAAUCGAGUCUUCACCCUUAGUAUGUGAGACAAAUAUGCUGGACGCAUCGAGUGCAGUUUUUUCUGCGGCUUUGCUCACUGCUGUCCCCUCAGUCUGUAAUGGAUGAAGUCAAAUCUCUCGGGAUGGUGAUGGGUUUUGUCCGUCCCCCUCCCUGCACUUCAGUCAACAUGGCUAAUUGUUUCACUAAUCGGAAUGAGGGGCCAAAGACUUAUGACAGAACUUUGAAAUGUUCUGGUAUGCCCUUAUAGCCGUUGAUGUAUGUUUGGGCUAAUGAUAUGUUUGGUUUUAAUGUCUUUUUGUUUUGUUUUUCUGUUUAGCUGUAUCUGUGACUGAUUAUACUUAUAUUUAAUUAUCCUAAGACAUUAAUGGGCCUUGUGAAUACAGUUAGUCCUGUUCAUUGUUUGGGGGGAAAUGUAUGGUAGGGUCCUUUUUAAUGGCAUAAUUUACCAUGCUAUAUAGUAAUAGGACAUUUCAAUGUAUCUAUUUUACUGCUAAUAAAGCCAGUAUAAUCA